AUGGCCUGCCCUCAGCCCAGCCUCAUCCUGGCUGGCUGCAGACAGCUGUGCUCGGAGCCCCAGUGCUGCCGGGGCAGGCGGAGCGGCACUGCCCGCGCUCGGCGCACGGAGCGGAGCCACCGGGAAAACGGGGAGCGGGCACCGGGUCAGGGCUGGGCGCUGCCGCGGGGGCCGCCGGCGCUGGGCAGGGCCGGCGGGGCCGCCCCGCGACGGCACCUGAGCACAGCCCGGCCGGGACGGCAGCGGGCAGAGAGCUGCCCCGCCGGGGCGCUUCUGCCGGGGCGCGGCGGGGCCGGGCCGGCACCGCCUCUCCUCGGGGCCCGCCGGCGGCUGGGGACGGGGCCCCGCCGAGCGCCCCAUCGCCUCGGCCCCCUCCCUCCGCAGAGCGCCGGCCGGCCGUGCCCGGAGCCGGACUUCGCCGGGGGCUCGGGCUGCGCCUGCCCCUGGUCUGCCCCCGCCGGUGUUUCCAAGGAGACCUGGGCCGCCGUCUGCGCCGCGGAGCCGCCGCACAGCCAGGUCCAGCGGGAGGCUCGGCUGCCGGGCCAGUUCUGCAGCCCGCAGCUCGGUGUCCAGGACGCGGUGUGGCAGGGAGACCAGCUGUCCUCCCAGCUCUACAGGAAUAAGCAGCUUCAAGAUACUUUGCUUCAGAAGGAAGAGGAACUUGCUAGGUUACAUGAAGAAAAUAAUAACCUCCGACAAUACCUGAAUUCUGCCCUGAUUAAGUGUUUAGAAGAAAAAGCCAAGAAACUGCUAUCUGGCCAUGGGCAAAAAACCUGUGCUAUCCUCAAAAGUACCAAGAGGAGAUUAAAAGAGGACCACUGCUUUGUUCCUCAAGAAACUCCUCAUGCUUCUAAAGCUAGAAGGAACCUCUUCAAUGAAUUCACUGCCUGUGAAGAGCAAGCCAGCCCUGCUGUGGACAGCUGGGUCUUGCAGACCUUAGGAUUAAAAGAUGUGAACACCAUUGAUGAACACCAUUCAGCUAACUACAGUGCCCUGUCCCCAGACCUCAGAAAAGACACGUACUGCCUGAGCCCUGGGGGAACAAUAGACUAUGAGCACAGGGAAGGAGCAGCAGCAGUGUUUAGCUGCAGCCAUGUGCCUCCAGCCGACAGCAGCACCCAUCCAUGCAGCGAGGAUUCUCCCUUCCUUCCUCAGUUUUCUUCAGCAUCAUGUGUCUCCUCACCAGUGCCAAGUGUUUCCUCCCUCCCAGCCUGUGGGUUGCCUUAUUUGACUGGUGGUUUGUCACCCAACAAAACAGAAGUGGCCUUCACAACGUCCCUGAGUCCCCACCGCAAUGUGAGAACACACAGCUUCCACCAAGGACAGGCCUUUGUGCGCAGGGACGAUGAUGGGGGAUGGAGAUUCACCUGGGUGCCCAAGCAGGCUGAAUGA